CUUUUGAUAAGAGAGUUCCUUGCUCCUCCAACACUCCCAGAAUGCGGUGGCUUAUUCUUAGUGUCCUUUUAAGCACCUGCUGUUUGGCGUACGGUCGUGACAGUGAGGAUGCUCGGGUGGCGGCCGUCGUGAGAACCACCAAGACGGCCUAUUUCCUCACCACGUCAACCACCACCACACCAUUCACGUGCGCCCUCGGCACCAAUAUCGCCGUCUGCCAGAGGCGCAAAUUCCAUCGCUAUGCAUCUAUUAACCAACGUAUUGAUGGGCAUGAGACCAUAGUUGAUGGCUCUAUGAUGGAUCUGGUUGACGAGGAGCCAAUAUACGAGAGGGAGCCACGUAUCGCACUUACGAUGAGGUUCACCACUACCUCGACCCUCACAAUCACUUCUACCUCUAUCAACCGCGCCUUAACCUUCUCCUUAUCCUUUUUCUGCACUAUAAACGGAGCCUCAUACCCCCCAGCAUGUGGCUAAGACUACAUCAAGACACGACCAUGCACAAACAAGCCCGAACCUCAGCGAGCGGUUGGUGGAAGAGCUCAUCUGCAACAAACAUGCACUCUACUCCUCUGUGUUCACACAAUUCUUUCCCUCGUUUCAUCCUUCAUACAGUUUUCUCGUACCUGUCCUUCUCGCAGCCUUCCUUCCUGAGUUAUGGGUCAUGGAAGGCCACUUGUGCACCUACGUAAGCCAUGUCUGAAUCUAAAGGCCAAUUUAUUUAAAACCACUUAUGGGGAUCAGUUAUGUAAAUACGUAAAUAUAUUAUGUUUCAAAGA